ACUUGCGAAACAACAAUGGCGUCCAAUCCCCUCAACCUCCUCCCCAAACCCAACACUCUCAAAUUCCCUACUGCUCUCCCACUUCCUUCAACUUCUCUUCACCAAAACCUCACCAAAAUCCUCUCCAUCUCAUGCUCUCUGUCUCCUCCUUCCUCAAAAGAAGAAGCUAUCUCGCAAGCCAAGUCCUGCCUCUCCUCCUCUCUCCGAAAACCCCUAAAUAACCCUCUUCCCCUUCCCACGCGCAAGCUCAAGAAGCAGCGCCAACCCCGUUUUCGGGUUGAAAUUCCCAUAGCAGACGACGAUUCCCCGUCCUCACUCACCUCCCUCGCCGCCGAUCUCUUCUCUUCCUUGCCAGUCACUAAGAAAGGCUCAAGUCCCAAUCUCUUGCUCUUCUGGUCAUCUUCCGCUCUCCUCGACCCCGCUCGCCGUGCUUUCCCGUCGUCAAAUUUUAUAUUCCAUUCCGAUAUCCCUUCUGCCAGCAAUGAAUUACUGAACUCUGCCGAUAUAGCAGUUUUCUUGGCGUCGGAAGCAUCGAUGUUAGAGGAUAUUAGAGUGCUCGCUGACUGUUUGAGCCCGAAACCUGUAGUGUUGUUUAACCCUAAAUGGGGGUUUGAGGAGGAGAAGGGCUUUGAUGUGCAGCUGAGGAGCUUCAUUGGGUCUUUUGAUGUGGUUUACUCUUUCAUGGGGUUGGAGGUGAGAGGGGUACUGAGUAGGCGGAAAGGGGUGGUUUUCAAGUGGGUGAAGGAUGAGGGAAUGAUGGGGGAGGGGUGGGUGGUUAUGGUGGAGGAUGAGGGGAAGAAGAAGGGGGAGUUGCAGGUAGUUUCAAGGUUCAAGAGGCGUCCUGAAAUCGGUGAGGUGGAGAAUGUUCUGUAUAAUUUGAUGGCUGCAAAUUCACCUGUCACCAAAUCAGUGAAAUUUUUCAGAGAUUUGGCUUCUAAUAUUGCUGGGAAGAAGAAGGAAUGAUGCUGAAGAGGUUAAGUACGUGCCUGUUAUUGAGGCUUAUAAUAAAGUCAUUUGAUUGAAGGGGAUGUUUGGCAACUCAAUAACGACGUGUAAAUUAACACCGUUUUAUGGGAUAACCAGAGUAUUAUUUUUCUCAACAAAAUUCAAAUGUCAUAAGAGGUAAAAGCACAUUGAUAUUCAAUAUCAUUUUGUGCAUGAAAUCAUUGCUCAUGAUUUUAUUAUUGUGAGCAAAGUCAGCACAAACAAUAAUUAUGCUGGUAUGAUAACCAAGCCAUUCUCUAUUGUCAAGUUAACG